GUACCCCCCGAGCCCCCGUAUCCGGGUACCUAUCUAUUCGUUCAUCUAUGCUCGAUACUGCACCCACCACAGAACACGAAUGUGCUAUGUUCAUACUCGGCUACCUGUUGACUCUGUAGAUACCCCAGUAUGUAGCCCAAGCGGACGAAUUCGCAGUACGAGUAGCCUGUCUAUAAACACACAUAGGCUAUAGCCCAUUCGGCGUUGCCAGCUCUCAGAUCCGCAGAUCCUGGUUCAUGCUGUUCAUUACUUGCAUCCAGUGGAAAGUUCCAUUUCAAAUUGUACAUCUAUUACACAUUGUACGAUGAUUCACUUACACAUUUGACCAAUGACCAUAAUGAUUAGUGAUAUGUUUCCUAAAUAGUUUAACUCCGAUAAGCCGUGCUCGGCUGUGAAGUCAUCUUCGAUUACGAAUCGAUGGAAAGAGCCAUGCGAUCAUGCUAUCAUCAGCGGGGUAAGAGCAACUCAUCGAGCAAUUCACAUAAAUCCCUCUCAACCCCUCUCCACCUCAUCUCAACUCCACCCAAUUCAUGACAGGUCGCCUUCAACAACUUGCACACAUUUUCAAAAUGGCACCACGACCAGAUAUCCACCUUUACACAGCUCAGACUCCUAAUGGAAUCAAGAUCUCCAUUACUUUGGAGGUAAAACCCUAUCUCAUAUUCAUGGUCUGAGAAGCACGUUUUUGUAACAUGAUCAUAUUGAAUAUACACUUAGACUACUCACCACUUAACUCCAAAAUAUCCUCUGACUCUGAUGAUUGAUGAUCUAGGAACUCGGCCUACCUUACAAGGUCACCAACAUCGACAUUUCCAAGAACACCCAAAAGGAGCCUUGGUUCUUGGAGAUCAAUCCAAAUGGUGCGUGAGACUUUCAACCCAUUUCACUGAUUUUGGGUAUGCUCGAGUGGGGGUCGAACUUUUUUCUUUGAAGACGCCUCAUCGACCUUGCGAACCUUGCACAAAGAAAAGACCCAAACUGACUCUAGGCCAGGACGAAUUCCGGCUUUGACUGACACUUUUGAGGAUGGAAAAACGAUUCGUCUAUUUGAGUCCGGUUCAAUUCAACAAUACCUGAUCGAUCAAUAUGACAAGGAUCACAAGAUCUCCUACCCAAAAGGAACCCGAGAGUACUAUGAGGUGAACAACUGGUAAAAUUCACAUUUCCAGCUUGCGAUUUAUCUCUUAGGCGAAGACAACGAGUACUGACUAUCACCAAGGCUUUUCUUUCUCAACGCUGGUGUUGGCCCAAUGCAAGGACAAGCAAAUCACUUUUCGAGAUAUGCACCCGAGCGCAGUAGGUGAUUUUUGUAUUCUGCUUUCCAGACAAUUAGUGCAACUUCUUAUUUCUGUUACAACUGGUGCUUUUGGCAACAAAUUAGAAUGUCUUGACUUUUUGGUUUCGAGAUAUUUGCACAUGACUCCUACCGCUGGGAGCAAUUGCUAACAACCAUAGUCGAAUACGGCGUCAAACGCUACACAAAUGAAACCCGUCGCCUUUACGGUGUCCUUGAUACCCACCUCGCCAAAUCCACCUCUGGAUAUCUUGUAGGUGAUAAAUGUACCAUCGCAGAUAUCGCACAUGUAUGUAUCAUUUGCCUUCAACCCACCCAUACUCUCACUACAUCAUAUCUAACAUCAAAAGUGGGGCUGGGUCACAGCUGCUGGCUGGGCCGGAGUUGCAAUCGACGACUUUCCCAACUUGAAAGCUUGGGAUGAUCGCAUGCUUGCUCGUCCUGGUGUUGAGAAAGGAAGACAUGUCCCUAGCCCCCAUACGAUCAAGGAGCUUCUCAAGGAUAAGGAGGCGUCGGAUGCUGCAGCUGCGAAGGCUAGGGAGUGGGUUCAAUCUGGUAUGGCUGCUGAUGCUAAGAAGUGA